UAUUGCUUUCUUUCUCGUAUUACGCAUGCGCAAAAAGCGUGACACUGUCAGAAAAUAGGUCAUAUGGUGAUAUGUUAUAAACAAACACUUUUAUUAAAAAUGGGCAGAUGUUCAGCUCCUUUUUGUAACAAUUCGUCAGAAAAAGGUUACAUAUUGAAAGUUUUUCCACGAAAUAUAGAGCAACGAAACCAGUGGGUUAAAAAUAUGAAUGUCAAAAAUUGGACACCUACAAAUAAUACACGUUUAUGUGAGGUUCAUUUUCCCAAAGAUAUGUGGGAAAAACGAGCUGAUGGAAAAUCAAAAUUAAAACCAAACGCUGUGCCUAUUAUUUUUGGCCACUGGAUAACCGAAAAAACAAUUUCAAAAAAAACUGAAGAAUUACCAAUGGAAUUUUCAAUUGAAAAUGAAGGAUCAAUGACUGUCAUUCAAAAUGAGCAAGAUAAGUUACCUUCAACAUCUUUCAUUCAAAAUGAAGUACAACCAUCUUCAGUAUUAGCCAUUCGAAAUGAGUUACCUUCAACAUCUUCGGUACAAGAAACACAAAUUGCAACUCAUCAAAUAAAAUUUAAUCAACAUCAUGAUAUUAAGAAAGUAAAUAUAAUCGAAUUUUAA